AUGGUCGACUUUGACAAGAUCAAGGCUGCGCUCGGCAUUGACCCCACUGCUACUGAGUCCACGGCUGUUCCCAAACUCCUUCAGCUUAGCCGCAUGAUCGGAAUCGGGGACAAGGAGUGGUGGUUUUUCCCUGCACGUUCCGACACCUUCAAAGAUCAUCCUACCUGGAGCUUUAUUCAGAGAUUCGAGGGGGUCUUCGACCUUCUGUCAGUCAUUUACAACCAGCCCCUCCCUAUCAACAUGGAGUUCGCCCGCACGUUCGACUUCAACAUCCUUCUGACGGAGGAGGAAUUCUUGCGCACCGUUCCCCUUCACGCUCGAGCAGUGUACUCUAUGGUGGUUGUCGAUAUGCAGAAGUGGUUCUACCCAAGCCGUGAAUACAGGCAGGCUCGAGGCGAGGAUCCGAUGCCCCUAGAGGUUGAAAAAGCCUCCUUCUUCUUGACCCUGUGCCUUCCUCAGGCGACUGCGGACGAAGCGACCCUGCGAGAGGCCAUCAGAGUUGCAGGGGAAGUGAGCGCUAAGGCUCUCCAACGCCGCGGAAAGUUCACCGAUGCUCGACCCGUCUCCGAGGACGAGCUUUCAGGGCUGAGGCGCCAAUAUGAUCUUGGCGACGCUAACAUUUGGCACCGCCAAAUUAUUGGCGGUUAA